UCCUAUUACUGAAAGUUGAUAUGAAGAUCUUUGAUUUAUGUGAUCUGAUUAUUACUUUUGAUUCGUUUUUCGGUCUUAUGCUGUGGGUUAUAAAAGGUCCAUUUAUCCUAAUGCCUAUAAAGAAUUCUUCUGAAGAUUUUUCAGCUGUAGAUAAGCUUGAGUAUGGGCGCUCGUUCGAGUAG